UGUCCCUGCAAAUUAGACGCCUCCUUUGUAAUUGUACCUUUAAGAGUCGAAGAUACAAAUAAUUACCAUUACAUAGAGAAACAUUUGAAUAUGCAUGCGUUGCAUAAAUUAUCACAAUUUAAAUUUAAAGUUCGAACUCGAAUAAGUAAAUUUCACAUCCAAUGGAUUAUAGUUUUAAAAUGGUUAUGCUCCAUAAUGUUCAAGAACUGAUAAUAGAAACUGCACAGCUUCUUAAUUCCGAAUGGCCAAGAUCCCUGGAAUCAAGGUGUCAUGUGAUUGGGUACUCAUUAGAUACUCUACCAUGUUCAUUGGUCUUACUGAAAGUAUCUAUGAAUGACCAAAAAGUUGUUGGUUUUAGUCGUUUGUCAAAAGUAUUGGAGAAACCAAAGUCAGUGUUGGUUGAGUCAGUUGUAGUUGAAAAGAGCUUGCGAGGUUGUGGCUUGGGGAAAAUGAUAAUGAGCCAUACAGAGGAUUUUGCUCUCAAGUUAGGUUAUGAACAGAUUCAUCUUUCUACUCAUGACAAACAGUCCUUAUAUGAGCACCUUGGUUACUCUUUGUCUGCCCCAAUAUCUGCAGAAACCAAAGUUUCAAAGUAUUCUAUGAUGUCACAAGUACAAAAACAAGAGAAAAUUGUUGAAGAUGGGGAAAAAUUGACUUUCAUUCAUAAAAAUACCCAAGAUACUUUAAAAGACUUAAAACGUGAAAUUUUACCAACACACCCACUUCCACCCCUACCUCCACCCCUACCUCCACCCCUACCUCCACCCCUACCUCCACUUACACAGCAAAGUGAAAAUAGGAAUUCACGUCAUGUUUGGAUGACAAAGAAACUUCUUUAAUAGCUGUAUGAGUAAUGAGUGGGACUUUCCCACUAUAGAUAAAGUUUAUUUAUAAUUUGUUUUUUGUUAUUGUAUACCAAUGGCAUGUAAAUUUGAGGUUUAGCAUCGGCAGACUAAUUAUGAAAUUUUACUAUACAUCGAAAA